UUGUCGUUUAGAACUAACAUAAUAUUCACACUGUCAGUGCCAAGGGAGAGGGCGUAAUUCAUUUAAACCCUUCGGUAUAGGUGUAAUUUUGAUAAAUUACAACUUAGAAGGGAUGGGGGCAUAAUUUUCCCAAAGAAAUAUUUUCUAGGAUGCCAUUUUCCCACCCCCUUCCCCAAGAAAUCAUAGAACUUUUUUUUUGGUGUGUGCAUGCGGUUGCAAAACCAACAUUGAGGCUGGACAAGACCCCAUACAAAAGGGUCGGCAGGGGCCCCAUUAGGCCACACUUAUUAGUAAAUUAUAAUUAAACUAUUACUAUUAUAUCCAAAAGGUUGGGGUUCUUUACCCAAAAAACCAAGAACUAUGGGUAGAGGGGUCAAACUAUUGAUCUUUUCUGAACUUCUAUUAGAUACUUAGAUCCAUCUAAUCUAGUUGCCAACUAGAAUGCUCAUUCCCAAUUAGAAUUAAAUUCAUUUGGGUUUCUCCUUUCCUUUAAAAAAUUCAAAAUUUUAUUUUCAUUUGAAAUGUUAUUAUUUAAAUUAAAUAAAAUUUUUAAGGAAAAAUAUUAUGGCAACCAUCUUUAUCUCAAGAUAAGUGUUAAGAAGGGUUAGCAUUCUUCUACCAAAGAAAAACAAGGGUUAGCAUUCUCCUUGUUGUGGUGAAGAAAAAAUGUCUCAUGUGAAUACGGUUUAAAAAAAAAAAGAAAAAAACCACCUAUACACAAACAUGAGAUAUUAUGUUGGUACUUUAUGUCUCCUUUAUAAAUAUUAAGGGAGAGGGAUACAUUGUUCUCUUAUAUUUUUUUCGUAAUUGAAGAUCUAUCUUUUCUCAAAUAAAUAUUAAAGCUUCAUAUUGCGAACCCAUAUGUUGCUAUUUUUACUUGUUUUGACUCACAAAAAAAACCAACAUAUUGUUCUGAGAUCUCCCUUCAUUUUUGUAUCUAAGCCGCUCCCCUUGACGUUUAGUUUUUUUUUUUAUGUAUUUGAUAUUUACAUUUUUUUUUUCUUUUCUCUCGAGAUUUUAUAUUUUUCUAUUUUUUAUAUUAUUCAUAAGAAAAAAAAUUCCAUAAUUGAUUUAAACUUUGGUGAUGGAUUCAAUAUGGCCAAAGGAGAAAAGGACGUAUGUCACAUGAUUUAUUGAUAUUCACCUAAAUUCUUCGUUGGCAUGAACGGAGACUCAUGAGUGGUCAUAAAUGAGUGUCCCACAAUGGAUGCUCACAAAAUUUUGUUACUCCAUUAUGGUACAGCCACAAUUACUUAGACCUCCCUGUUAUAGUCUUAUUUACACGUAUUUUUCUUGUGUUUUAAAAAUUACUCUUGUUUUCUCUAAUUCUAAAAAUUUGUCAAAACCGUCUUACUGACGUAGAAAACGUCUUAGAGACAAGGCAAGUGAAAAGACAAUGUUAUCUUGCACAUCAGGGCAUAGAAGAUGUUGGCAUGCUCCCUCUCAUUUGUCCAACGCAAUGAUGUUUCCUCAGCCAACAGGAUAGAGUUCUUUCGCCCAAACUUUUACCGGACCAAAUUACCUGAGAUGUAGGGUGAAUUUGUUUUUACCCUUCUAUACAAACCCCCUAAUUUCACUAGCAUCCCCCCUACUUGACCUUCUUCUUGGUUUUUGGUUGUAGGAUGGGACUGACAUUAAUUCGAUCUAGAAUUCCUCAAAUAUUACUAUCUCUAGGGGUGUCAAUUCCAGGCUUGAUCCGACAGGCCUAACUAGGUCCGACACGUUUAUGACCUGGACCAACUUGAUUAAUAAACAUGACAGGCUCAAGCCCGACAUGUUUUGAUCCUGACACAUUUAUAAAUAGGCAGUUCACAGUGCACGGUGUAAGCUGAUGGGGUGUUUGAUUGGCUCGACCAUUUAUAUGGUAUAUUUUAAUUUUUUUUAGGUAGAAUAAGAUAUGUAUUGAUAUUUUUAUCAAUUAUUGAGUGUAAUUAAAUGUAAAGUCUUUUCUAAAUUAUUGAUUAUUUAAUAAAUAUAUUAAAUUUUCUAAAAUCUAAGAUAGUUAAAGCCUGAUUAAGGCUUUAAUGUUGAAUUUCCCAUUUAAGGCCUUACUAAGGCCCACCACAGUCCAAUUAGCCCAGUUAAAGCUUCGAACCCGAUCAAGCCCGACCUAGCUUGACCAAUUCCAUAAAUAGGUAGUUCAUGGUGCAAGCCAAGAGGCCCGACGACGCCCGAUCCAGCCUAACCAGUUAACACCCCUAACUGUUGCUAUGUUGAAUGGUCAAAGGCCCAAAAGGUUAGCAGUAGAUCACUGUUGAUAUAAUCGGUCAAGAUCACUUGGAUCAGAUUAGUAUCAACUAAAACCAAUCCUUGAUAGUCAUCGGUAUCGAUCCACUAGUAAGGUGUAAGAGUAAAAUGGUCGAAAACAUCAAUUUAAAAAAAAAAAAAAAAUAGGGAUAAGUCGGUCCAAUCUAAUCCAAUCCUGACUGAUACCAAUUUGAUCCAUAUUGAUUAAACCAUUACGAUUUGAGCGGUAUGGCCUGAGAGUACAGAAACGAGGUUGGAGAACUAUCUUGAUUUGAUCUAGUGAUGACGAUGUAGGUGGAUUUGAGUUGCAGCUAGGAACGCUGAGUGAAUGCACUGCAACGAUCUGUAACGAAUAUAUAUAUAUAUAUAUAUAUAUGUCAACUGGUUGGGCUUGGUCGGCCUAGAGAGGCCUCACCUUAGUUUUGCUUUGUCGUUUGUUUAUGUAAUUUGGUGGGCUCAAUCAAGUUUUGGGCUUUAAUUGAGCUUCUACUCAUUGGAUCUUAAACGGACUAAUGCACCAAUUAUUUUCUAUUUUUCAUCUUAAUCCUUAGAAUCUUUUUUGGUACUUUAGAAAAUUUAAUAUAUUUAUCAUAGUUUAUUAAAUCAUCAAUGAUUUUAAAAAAAUUAGACUAAAUUACAUGCACUAAUUGAUAAAAAUAUCAAUAUAUAGCUUAUAAAUGGUCGGGUUAGUAGGUCGGGUUGAGUCAGGCAUGUAAAUCAUUGGGGGAAGAUCAAGCUUAUCCCGUGGAUCUAGAACGAUCGAUUAUAAACAGGACAAGUUUGAACCAGACAUGUUUAUUAAUUGGGCCGGUCUCGAUUAGGCCUAUCUGAAUUGACACCCCUAUAUAGAACAAUGACCUAGGGUAGCGAAUGGAGCAGAGUUGACCCAAGAAAAAAAUUCAAGAGUUGUAUGUCGCUAUGGGGGGAAGGGAGAGAAGUGUUCUAACACAUUAGGAUUCAAAAAAGGGUUGAGUUUUAGUGGAGGGUCAAAAUUUUAAUUUCAUUUUAUAUUAACAUCAUCAAUAGAAAUGGAAUGGUUGUAACAAGUUUUUCGAUCUAGGGAAGAGUAAUUUUUGAAAACACAGGGGAGAUGUAUUUAAUUAAGGCUUAACACAAGCAACAAAAAAAAAAAAAAAAACCAAAACGGUGAAAUGGAUAUGGCAUAUGAGUUUAAAAACUUCAAACGGUACAAUAAAAAAAAAGGUAACUUACAGUGCCACCUCCUAGAGGAUACUAAUAUUAUAGGAACAUCUUUUCUCUUUCACAAAAUUAGAUUUAAACCCCCUAUCGUCAGCCACUGUUAAGGAAUAUACCUUAUAUGUUGCUGCUAUAUUUUAUUUUAAAUACCAAAAUGCCCUUACUAAAUGUAACAACGAUUGACGACAAGGGUUUUGAGUAUAAUUUGAUAUUAUAUAGAAGGUGUCUCUCUAAUAAUGGCAUUCUCUAUAGGGUGAUGUUAUAAAUUAUUCAAAUUUUAAUGUAAAUAUUUUUACAGAGAGGGUCGCAGGGAAAGGGGAGAUUUGGUUGCUGACAAAAGGAUGGAAGAAGAUGGGGUGAAAUGAGGUGGGGCUUCGAGGCAGGGUGAGGGUGGAUCUUGAGGUUCACCAGCGUCGGCUCUCCAUGGUUGCAGGAAGGAAGAAGAGAGAGAGAGAGAAGAGAGAGAGAGAGAGAGAGAGAGAGAGAGCCAGCCGCCACCCUAACCACUCCAAUUUUCUAACUCACAACUCGUACUCCAACGCUGAGAAGCCCAAAAGAAGAAGAUAAUAUAUUGAUGUGACCUGAAGAUGAUAAUAUAUUGUAAACUGAAGAUGAUAAUAUACUGUAAUGUGAUGCCCGACGCUACCGUUGACUGCCUAAGAUUCCUAGUGACACCACGCGUUUCACUGCUUGACUCCUCCUCCGACUCCUUCUUGCUGUCAUUUGACGAUACGAGGAGUUGCAGUACUUCAGGGAGUUGAACUGAGGAAGAAGUGGUGGAACAUGUCGUCGUCAUCUCCCUCGUACCAGCCAUCACCAGAAGCAGCUUCAGCUUCGCUUCCUCCACUCCCUGAGAAGCGCAUCGUUUUGGGUUGCGGCGGUGUCUGCAUGGAUUUCUUGGCAGUGGUGGCUGCUUUUCCUAAACCAGGUGACAAGAUUCGCUCCACCACCUCCAAGGUUCAAGGGGGUGGCAAUGCUGCGAAUACAUUGACUUGUGCUGCUCGUUUGGGUCUCAAUCCAAGGUUCAUUUCUAAGGUUGCUGAUGAUGCUCGAGGGAGAGCUAUACUGGAGGAGUUAAAAGCUGAUGGCGUAGAUACUUCUUAUAUUGUGGCAUGGACGAAGGCCCCAUCAAUGCCAAGUGCACUGGUAUCAAUCCUUUUGAGAUUACCAAAUGUCAAAUUUGUGAUCGUUACCCUUGGAGUUGAUGGCUGCAUAAUGCUUGAUAGAUGUGUAGAAGCAGAAGUUCCUGAGCUGGAAGAGAUUGAGGUGGAAAGGGUGGUUGAAUUAUUGAAACAGAAAAUUGAUUACGAAAAUACUAUCCCAACAUGCAUUUCAUCCAAAUCAGUAAUAAGGUUGAGAGCAGAUGGGAUUGGGAAGAUGAAUGGGAGGUUACUUGUAGGAACAACUGAGAAGAUACCAGCUUCAGAGCUAAUUGACACCACUGGUGCUGGAGAUGCAUUCAUUGGAGCAAUUCUUUAUGGCAACAGCUCGAUGCAGAGCUUUAGGGGCUUGAAGUGGUCUUCCAUGGCGAACAGAUCCACGCCUGGCUCCAUUUUUAUGCUAGAGCACCAACAUAUCAACCGUUUGUGUUGGAAAACAAUUACAUGGGUAGUUGUUAGAUGAGCUAAGCUGCCUAAGCACCCCACCCCCUCCCCACCCCACCAAAAAAAAAAAAAAAAAAAAAAAGAUGGCUCGGAUGUUUGUAUUUGCUCAAUGACUUUGAUAUCACUUGUUGGGACUCAGAUGUAACUCAUCCUUGAAAGUUAACCGUUAAAGAAAAGAUGCUUUAAGUCC